GUAAUGAGCAGACAGGAUGGAAGGAGGGCAUUAGCACCCAAAGCAGGCAUGUUGGAGCAAACUAAAGAGUAAGACCCCCGUGUUCAGAUGAUGCACCAUCAGUUUCAUUUUCAGUUUCCAAUACCUCAAAGUUUUAUAAGCCAGGUUUCAUUUGAUAAAAAGACUCCGAGAGAUUGAGUCGGAUGUAAUUAAACAUGCGAGACUCUUAACUGUUUAAUCACUCCCGCUGCUGAUCCCUGCGUGCCAUGUUGCAGGGAUGCAGCUGCAGCCAACAGUGGAUUAGCGGCUGUUAAUGACCAUUGACUUGCGUCGGCCGUAAAACGCGCGCCUCUCCUGCCUCGGUCAGUCCUCCCAGCUGCUUGUUGAUGGUCGCUCCCGCCGUUCCGCUCCGCUCAGCGUUAAAGCACCGACCACUCGCGCUCGGAGCACGUACGCACUCAUCCCCCGGUCCGAGGACAACCGACGCGCGGGGACGUUCCGCGCGCGCACAGCUGCGUUCGCCCUCGUACGGCGCAUUAUCCGUCGUCGCGGACACCCCCCCCUCCCGACUGACUCCUCGAUCUGAUGAGAUGUUGAACUGGCAGCUCCGAGCCUGCACUCCCCCCGUCAUCUGGUCUCACUUUGGGUAGCCCGCCACAGCAGUUUGUCCGGGAAAAGUAUGCAGUAGUGGCACGAGCCUCUGGGCUUUUCGGCUGGAGGGAAGAAAAAGUUGAAGUUGGAAGAAGGAGGAUCAUGCAGUGAGUGCCGCGCGUCGUCGUGAACAGGAACAGGUGACUCAAGCAGAGACUGACAUUACCAAAGCCUGUUGGAAGGCCCCUCACUGCCCUUUCCUUUGGCUCAUCGUCCACCUCAAUUGUGCUCUGAAUUUGCACCCUGCUAACUCAACACCAGCAUGGAUUUGAAGGACCAUAGACACCGCUCUAUGACUGGGAGUCGCUGUUCCAAAGAUUCCCAAUACAACACCUCUUCCCUUAAUGCAGACGAGUGCCGUGUACCAACCCAGAAGUCAUACAGCUCCAGUGAGACUCUAAAAGCCUUCGACCACGAGCAGAGGCUUCACUACAGUGGCUGCAUGACUGACCUGGUACACCAUGAGACUGAUGAGUACUCCAGGCAAGGCCUCCUGGAGUUUUCUCCUGUCCUUCUACGAUAUCUCCUCUCAGUGGAAGAAAACGACAUCAAAGCGAGGAAGAGGAUGACUGGGGGUAACUUCACUCUGGCUGAGCUGGGAGUAUGUGAAACAGCUCCCACUCCGCACCCCGCUGCUGUUCCCUAUUGUCCCGAUCUGGGGCUCCUCCAGAGAGGAUACUCCCUCAGCGCCGGCUCAGACGCCGACUCGGACCCGGAGGGGCCCUUGACUCCAGAGCGAGCCAUUCAGCUGUGGGCCGGACGUGGAGGCGUCAAAUCUCGCCGCAGCUCAGGAGUAUCCAGCCGCGAGAACUCGGCGCUCACUCUAACCGACUCUGAGAAUGACAAUAAAUCUGACGACGAAUCAGGUCGCCCACUCCCUCCAACCUCUUCUUCCACCCUGCUCCCUCCGUCCCUCCCGUCCUCCUCCUCCUCUGCCCCCCACCACCCCUCCCCUGGUCCCUCCCCACCAAUCAGGGAAUGUCAGGUGCCCCUGCUGGAGAAAAACUCCACCCACUCUCACCUGGAGCCCCACCCGGAGGACUCGUACUUGCUCCGAGCUCAGCCCUCCUCCACGGGGCCUGCCAACCACCACAGUCAGUCCACAUUACGGCCUCCACUGCCCCCUCCUCAUAACCACCAGACCUUGUCCCACCAAUCUGCCAACAGCCUGAACAGAAACACCCUGAGAGGAGGGCGUAACCCAAUUCACGCCCCGGCUCCGGGCACUGGAGAUGGGCCGACCACCCCAGAGUCAGUUCAGUUGCAAGACAGCUGGGUGCUCAACAGCAACGUUCCUCUAGAGACCAGGCACUUCUUAUUCAAGACCUCAUCAGGGACCACGCCUCUCUUCAGUAGCUCCUCCCCCGGCUACCCCCUGACGUCAGGGACGGUGUACUCCCCGCCUCCUCGCCUGCUACCCAGAAACACCUUCUCCCGCUCAGCCUUCAAACUAAAGAAGCCGUCCAAAUACUGCAGCUGGAAAUGUGCGGCGGUGACAGCCAUCGCAGCCGCUGCCCUGCUGGCCGUACUCCUGUCGUACUUCAUUGCCAUCAACCUGCUGGGUCUGACAUGGCAGCUGAAGCCCUCAGACGGCCCCAUGUUAAACAACGGACUGGGAGCUGGUCUGCCUGUCAACAGUGAUGUGGCCACACUGCCCUCUGGAGGUAGAGUUGCUUUCCCCCUUGCUCCAGGCUCGUGGGCCGGCAGGAACAGCAGUAUAGACUCCGGCAGCAUAGAGGUGGGGAGGCGGGUGACCCAAGAAGUUCCUCCAGGAGUGUUUUGGAGAGCCCUGCUCUACCUCAGCCAGCCACAGUUCCUCAAGUUCAACAUCUCCCUGGGCAAGGAUGCUCUGUUUGGAGUUUACAUCCGCAAAGGCCUGCCCCCCUCACACGCACAGUAUGACUACAUGGAGCGCCUGGACGGCAAGGAGAAGUGGAGUGUGGUGGAGUCUCCCAGGGAGCGGAGGAGCAUCCAGACUGUGGUCCUGAACGAGGCGGUGUUCGUGCAGUACCUGGACGCCGGCGCCUGGCACUUAGCCUUCUACAACGAUGGUCGGGAGAGAGAAUCGGUUUCCUUCAGCACAAACAUCAUGGAUUCAGUGCAAGAGUGCCCGCGCAAUUGCCAUGGCAACGGCGAGUGCAACUCCGGCGUGUGCCACUGCUUCCCGGGAUUCCACGGCAUGGACUGCUCCAAAGCGGCGUGCCCAGUGCUGUGCAGCGGCAACGGCCAAUACGACAAGGGCUCCUGUGUGUGCUACAGCGGCUGGAAAGGCCCCGAGUGUGACGUCCCUGUCACGCAGUGUAUAGACCCGCUUUGCAGCGGGCACGGCACCUGCACCAAUGGGAACUGCGUGUGCUCGAUUGGCUACAAAGGCCAGAACUGUGCAGAGGUGGAUUGCCUGGAUCCGACGUGUUCCAACAACGGUAUCUGUGUGAACGGCGAGUGUCACUGCAAGCCAGGCUGGGGAGGGCUCCACUGCGAACUGCCACGGGCCCAGUGCCCGGACCAGUGCCACGGCCACGGCGCCUUCAUCCCAGACACCGGGCUGUGCAGCUGCGACCCCAACUGGAUGGGACCUGACUGCUCCAUGGAGGUGUGCUCGGUCGACUGUGGGACCCACGGAGUGUGCAUGGGUGGGGCCUGCCGCUGCGAGGAAGGCUGGACGGGGGCGGCGUGUGACCAGCGGGUGUGCAACCCACUCUGCAUCAAACACGGCACCUGCAAAGACGGCAAGUGUCAGUGCCACCAGGGCUGGAACGGAGAGCACUGCACCAUCGACCAUGGGAGCAUGGUUGACAAAGCAGACGGCUGUCCUAACCUGUGCAAUGGGAAUGGCCAGUGCACCAUGGGUCAGCAGAGUUGGCACUGUGAAUGUCAGACGGGCUGGAGAGGCCCUGGAUGCAGCGUUGCCAUGGAAACCUCCUGUGCUGACAACAAGGACAAUGAAGGAGAUGGACUGACAGACUGCAUGGACCCGGACUGCUGCAUCCAGACUCCCUGUCAGAACAGCCCUCUGUGCCGAGGCUCCCGAGACCCUCUGCAAGUCAUCCAGCAGAGUCCGAUGUCCCAGCCCCGAGUGCGCUCCUUUUACGACCGAGUCAAGAUGCUUGUGGGACGGGACGGGACCCACAUUAUUCCUGGGGAAAACCCUUUCAACUCUAGCUUGGCAUCUCUAAUCCGGGGUCAGGUGUUGACGACAGAUGGAACCCCACUGGUGGGGGUGAACGUGUCUUUUGUCAACUAUCCACACUACGGAUACACGCUGACACGGCAGGAUGGAAUGUUUGACCUGAUAGCAAACGGCGGUGCGUCACUGACUCUGCGGUUCGAGCGAGCCCCCUUCUUGAGCCAGGAGCGCACCGUGUGGCUGCCCUGGAGCCAGUUUUAUGCUAUGGACACUCUGGUGCUUAAGACAGAAGAGAACACGAUCCCAGGCUGUGACCUGAGUGGCUUCGUCAGGCCUGACCCUGUUGUGAUUGCAUCACCUCUCUCCUCCUUCUUCAGCUCCAAGCCAGGAGAGAAACCCAUCAUACCGGAGACACAGGUUCUGCAUGAACAGAUCGAGCUUCCUGGCACAAGUUUAAAGCUGAACUAUCUAAGCUCCCGGACACAGGGUUACCGCUCCCUUCUCAAGGUGACCAUGACUCCCGCUGUGGUGUCCAUGGGCCUACUGAAGGUUCACCUGAUGGUUGCGGUUGAGGGCCACCUCUUCCAGAAGUGGUUCCAUGCUUCCCCCAAUUUGGCCUUUACCUACAUCUGGGAUAAGACCGAUGCAUAUGGACAAAGGGUCUACGGUCUUUCCGAAGCUGUUGUUUCAGUUGGCUAUGAGUAUGAAUCAUGUGCAAGUCUGAUCCUGUGGGAAAAAAGGACAGCCAUUCUGCAAGGCUUUGAACUGGAUCCCACCAAUUUAGGCGGCUGGUCUCUUGACAAGCACCAUAUACUCAACACGCGCAGCGGUAUCCUUCACAAAGGCAGUGGGGAGAACAUCUUUGUGACCGAGCAGCCCCCAGUUGUCACCAGCAUCAUGGGAAAUGGUCGCAGACGCAGUAUUUCAUGCCCGAGCUGUAAUGGUCUCGCUGAUGGGAACAAACUGCUGGCACCGGUUGCCUUAGCAAUGGGCACUGAUGGCAGCCUUUAUGUUGGGGACCUAAACUUUGUACGUCGGGUUUACCCUUCUAUGAACACAACUGGAAUUCUGGAGCUAAGGAACAAAGAUUUCAGGCACAGCAAUAAUCCAACACAUAAGUACUUCAUGGCGGUGGAUCCUGUGUCUGGGGCGCUGUUCAUCUCGGACACCAACUCCAGACGAAUUUACCGUGUUCGCUCAUUAACCGGAGGCCGGCUGCUGUCAGACAACGCCGACGUGGUGGCGGGGACGGGGGAGCAGUGCCUGCCCUUUGAUGAGCGCUGUGGUGAUGGUGGAAAAGCCACUGAAGCCACACUUAUGAGCCCCAAAGGCAUCGCAGUGGAUAAAAAUGGGCUGAUGUAUUUUGUGGAUGCCACCAUGAUCCGCAAGGUGGACCAGAAUGGGAUCAUCUCUACACUGCUGGGAGCCAACGAUCUGACCGCAGUGCGUCCGCUGAGCUGUGACACCAGCAUGGAUGUCAGCCAGGUGCGGCUCGAGUGGCCCACAGACUUAGCCGUGAAUCCUAUGGACAACUCCCUAUACGUCCUAGAGAACAAUGUCAUCUUACGCAUCACUGAGAACCACCAGGUGAGCAUUAUUGCAGGCCGGCCCAUGCAUUGUCAAGUGCCAGGCAUUGACUACAGCCUCAGUAAGCUUGCCAUUCAUGCAGCCCUGGAGAGUGCCACAGCCAUCGCUUUGUCCAACACUGGCAUACUCUACAUCGCAGAGACAGAUGAGAAAAAAAUCAACAGAGUUAGACAGGUGAGCACCAACGGUGAGAUCUCCCUCUUGGCUGGCGUUGCCUCUGACUGUGAUUGCAAGAACGACGUCAACUGCAACUGCUUCUACGGCGAUGAUGGAUACGCCCCCGACGCUGGUUUGAACUCUCCCACCUCCUUGGCCGUCUCCCCCGACGGGACGCUCUUCAUUGCAGAUCUCAACAACAUCCGAAUCCGAGCCGUGCGUGCCAAUCGGCCCGGCCCUGCCGUUUCUAGCGUGGGCUUUGCGGGGUCUGCCCAGUAUGAGGUCGCAUCGCCAAGGGAGCAAGAGCUGUACGUCUUUAACGGGGAGGGGCUUCACAUCCAAACAGUGAGCCUCGUGACCGGGGAGCCACUUUUUAACUUCACUUAUGGCCCCGAUGGCGAGCUGGCCAUGCUGGUGGAUAACUGUAACAAUACAGUGAAAGUGAGGAGGGACGGUAUCGGCCAAGGAGGAGGAGCUGGACUGCUUAGGCUGGUGCUACUUCCAGAGAAUCAAGUGGUGACACUUGGACUGGACCCUAAUGGAGGGCUGCGUAGUGUAUCAGCGAUGGGCCAGGAGGUGGCUCUAAUGGGCUACAGUGGGAAUACGGGGCUCCUGGCCACCAAAGCUGAUGAGACCGGGUGGACCACAUUUUAUCAGUACGACAGCGAGGGUCGACUGACAAACAUGACAUACCCGACCGGCAUGGUGACAAGUCUCCAUCGAGAGAUCGAACGCUCCAUAAACAUCGACAUUGAGAGUUCAAGCAGGGACGACGACGUGACCGUUGUCACAAACCUUUCCUCCGUUGAAGCCUCAUACACAGUGGUGCAAGACCAAGUGAGGAACAGCUACCAGCUCUGCAACAACGGCACCCUGAGAGUGAUGUACGCCAACGGGAUGGGCAUCAGCUUCCACACAGAACCCCACAUCCUUGCAGGCUCUGUUAGUCCUACAAUCGGCAGAAGAAACAUCACACUUCCCACGGACAACGGCCUGAACUCAAUUGAGUGGCGUUUGCGCAAAGAGCAGACCAAGGGCAAGAUUACAGUAUUCGGACGGAAGCUCAGGGCCCACGGACGAAAUCUUCUAUCCAUUGACUUUGAUCGCAACACGCGGACAGAAAAGAUCUACGAUGAUCACCGCAAGUUCACUCUGCGUAUCAUGUAUGACGUUCAGGGACGGCCAGCAAUGUGGUUACCCAGCAGCAGCCUGGCUGUUGUCAAUGUGUCCUAUUCGAGCACGGGACAGCUUGUUGGGUUGCAAAGAGGGAGCAUGAGUGAGAGGACAGAGUUUGACUCCCAGGGGCGUAUUCUGUCUCGUUCGUUUGUGGAUGGGAAGGUGUGGAGCUACAGCUACCUUGACAAAUCCAUGGUGCUUCUGCUGCAGAGCCAGCGACAGUACGUCUUUGAGUUUGACACGUCGGGUCGGGUCACCGCUGUCACAAUGCCCAGCGUUGCCCGCCACACCAUGUUCACGCACGUGUCUGUUGGGUACAUUCGCAACACAUACAACCCUCCGGAGAGCAACGCUUCCAUCAUCCACGAUUUCAGCGAGGACGGCCGGCCUCAAGCCACGCAGUACCUGGGCACCGGCCGCCGUGUCCUCUACAAGUACGGCAAGCUCGCCAAGCUGUCAGAGAUUGUGUACGACAGCACGGCUGUCACUUUCGGAUAUGACGAGACCGCCGGAGUGCUGAAGAUGGUCAACCUGCAGAGCGGAGGCUUCUCUUGCACUAUCCGGUAUCGCAAAAUGGGCCCGCUAAUCGACAAGCAGAUCUAUCGAUUCAGUGAGGAGGGAAUGGUGAACGCCAGAUUUGACUACACCUACCACGACAACAGUUUCCGUAUCGCCAGUAUGAAGCCCGUCAUCAGCGAGACGCCACUUCCUGUUGACCUCUACAGAUACGAUGAGAUCUCUGGAAAGGUGGAGCACUUUGGAAAAUUUGGGGUCAUAUACUAUGACAUCAAUCAAAUUAUUACCACAGCUGUUAUGACACUGAGUAAGCAUUUUGACACCCAUGGCCGCAUCAAGGAGGUCCAAUAUGAGAUCUUCCGCUCCCUCAUGUACUGGAUGACCGUGCAGUAUGACAGUAUGGGGCGGGUGGUGAAAAGAGAGCUGAAGAUCGGGCCCUAUGCCAACACCACUCAAUACCGUUAUGAUUAUGAUGGAGAUGGACAGCUCACCGGUGUCAAGGUGAAUGAUUGGUCUACCUGGCGCUACAGCUACGACCUCAACGGUAACCUGCACCUUCUGAAUCCCGGCAACAGCGCUCGAAUCUUGCCCCUCCGCUACGACCUCAGAGACCGCAUUACCCGCCUUGGGGACGUCCAGUACCGCGUGGACGAAGACGGCUUCCUCAGCCAACGUGGAUCAGACGUUUUUGACUAUAACUCCAAGGGUCAGCUCAUGCGGGCCUACAAUAGAGGGGCGGGAGGCUGGAGCGUGGUGUAUCACUAUGACGGACUGGGUCGCAGGGUAUCCACGAGGAACAGCCUGGGCCAACACCUUCAGUUCUUCUACGCCGACCUCAACCAUCCAACCAGAGUGACACACAUCUUCAAUCACUCCAGCUCUGACAUCUCAUCACUCUACUAUGACUUGCAGGGCCAUUUGUUUGCGAUGGAAGUGAGCAGUGGAGAGGAGUAUUACAUUGCAUCGGACAACACCGGCACGCCGCUGGCAGUCUUUAGCAGCAACGGACAGAUGAUCAAACAGGUGCAGUACACAGCUUACGGGGAAGUAUACCUUGACUCUAAUCCAGAGUUCCAGCUGGUCGUGGGUUUCCAUGGCGGCCUAUACGACGCCCUGACCAAGCUGGUCCACUUCACCCAACGGGACUAUGACGUCCUGGCUGGACGGUGGACCUCACCUGACUACAGCAUGUGGUCCAAAAUAGGGAAAGAUCCUUCACCAUUUAACCUCUAUAUGUUCAAGAACAACAACCCACUCAGCGAUAUGCUGGAUGUCAAAAACUACGUCACAGAUGUGAAGAGCUGGCUGGUGAUGUUUGGAUUUCAGCUCAGUAACAUAAUCCCAGGGUUCCCUCGCCAUUCCCUGUAUUUCGUGGAGCCACCGUACGAGCUGCAAGCCACCCAGCACUGCGAAAAUGGACAGCUCAUCACUGGUGUGCAGCAGGCUGCAGAGCGCCACAAUCAGGCCUUCAUGGCUCUUGAGGGUCGUCUGCUCAAUAAGGAGCGCCGCAGACGCAAAGACAAGCCCGGCCACUGGUUUGGCAUUAGCACUCCGAUAAUAGGGCGAGGAGUAAUGCUGGCGCUGAAGGAGGGUCGAGUGGUGGCCGGUGUGUCAGCACUGGCCAGCGACGACAGCCGCAAAGUGGCUCUUAUACUCAACGGUGCUCAGUAUCUCGAAGGCACUCAUUACACGCAGGACGGAAGGGACUGUCACUACUUUGUGAAAGUGGGCUCGGCCGACAGCGACCUGCUGGCUCUGGGGCUCACGAACGGGCGCAAGACGCUGGAAAGUGGCGUCAAUGUGACCGUGAGCGGCCGGUCGAGGAGAGGCGUAACGGUGGAGUUUGCAGUUCCGUCGUUGGUUCUUAAUGUUCGAUACGGGCUGGCCGUGGACGUGGUGGAUGAAGAAAAGGUAAGACUGUUGGAGCUGGCCAGGCAGAGGGCCCUGGCAGGGGCCUGGGCCAAGGAGCAGCAGCGGGUGAGGGACGGGAAAGGAGGCAGCCGCCUUUGGACGGAAGGAGAGAGGCAGCAGCUCCUGACAACAGGCCGAGUGCAGGGCUACGACGGCUACUACGUGCUCCCCGUGGAGCAGUACCCAGAACUGGCUGACAGCAGCAACAACAUCCAGUUUCUCAGACAGAAUGAGAUGGGAAAGAGGUAACAGGCCACCGGAACUCCUUCCUGUGCCCCUCCACCCCUUUAUCGUGUCUCAGUUGAAUCCCUUUUUUCCUGCCCUGCCUUCUUAACUGCACUCCUGUCAAAACCUGUGGAGGAAAAAAACCCAACAAGCGGGGUUAUUCGCGGAACGUUGCAGGGAUUUCUGAACAGAAUGACUUAUCAGAACAAAACAUUGUUGAUUUUACUGGCAAAAAAUGAAACGGAAUUUAGUCAAACCUUUCCUUGUUUUUUAAAAAACUUUGAACAACUGGAAAAGCACUGGAGAACUUUGAGAACUGUUGCUUAGUGAAUAAGAAGAUUCCCCUUUUUACAAAAGAUAGUGAUAUUUUCACCCAUAUUUUCUGGGUCACACUGACGACGGUCAGGAUUAGCAGCUGAUUCCUGGAGGGCGUUGCUUCUGCGAUCAAGGCUUUUCUGUCUCACAUAUAUAUAUAUAAAGAGAGAGCGAAGGCAAAGGGACCAAAACAGAGAACCGGGCCGCUUCAGAGAGGCAGCCAUUGAGAAGACACUUCAGUGGCGGACGUCAUGUAAGGCAAAAGCGAGUCGUCUCCCUGUCUCAGGCCUCCCAUUGACCACCACGGAUCAGUCCAUGCUGUUGGCGCAGCACACAUCCAACCGAGAGAAACACAGGAAAACGGCAUCCCUGGAAUUCUAAGCUGGGCUAAAGAUUCAACUUUUUAAAAAAGCAAAGUCAAAAAAAUAAAUAAAUACAAACAGCGAUGACUCUAUCUGUGAACAGUGACACCACACUGCAUUUGUUUAUUUUGCAAUGGGAAGAGGAAUCAUACUCCUACAUAUGUGUCAGACUACACAAAAUUUCGGGAUGUUGCGUAUACUGUAGAUGCCGUAGUUUUGUACGUUUCAGUCGCAGUAGAAUUGUGAGACUUUCACCAGGGCACUUCUGUACAGAACGAUCAAACACACCACCCACAGACUCCUGAAGACAGUUAGUAUUUAUUUCAUUUUUCUCUUUUUUUUUUGUUUUUAUUUUAUUUAUUUAUUCUUAGUACUAUAUGACAAUCAUGAAUGAGUCACCGGUUACUUACGGUUAGCGAACAUUAUCGGACGAGCUUACUACUUUCUUUUGUAAAAUAUGUAAUUAAUGUUCUUUUUGUUUUUGUAUUCAUUUCAGUUUUCUGACAGGGCAAAUAAUAGUCACCCUCAAAAAGAAUAAUUUAUGUAAGAAAGUGUUUUAAAAAAAACAGUUUAUACUUUAAAUAAAGUCUUUAAAACUGUGAAAUCUGUUUUUUCAAAGUAUAUUUCGAUGUACAGUGUAUAGACUUACCUUUAUGCAGCACAGUAGAAUAUUGUUGAGAAUAUCAAGUUUUAUAUUUCUAAGAGGAAGUGGCUUGUAAUGUGCGAAUUCUUUAGCUGGUCUUAAUACUCUAGAGUUUUGUGGCACUCUAAUACUCCAUUAUCUACAAUAUUUGUCCCCAGUUUGUUGUUUUUACUUUUUAUUUGGUUUUGUUUUUUGUUCAGCAACAGAUGAUUUCUGUCCUAGAUCCCAACAGCAGUAGCAGUAAUGGAUUCUCCCCCCUCACCGCGAGGGGAAAUCCUACUGAAUGUCAUGUUGUACCAAAUCAGUAUUAUAAAAGGAUGAUUCUUAUACAUUCACUGAAAUGAGACUCCUCUGGGAAACUUAUCAAUAAACCAUAAUUGUUUACUUCA